ACGGUGGUGGUGAAGAUGAUAAGCUUUACGGCGGCACUGUUGCCGUUGGUUCUGGUACUGGGACUUAGCUCAGCGUCGGAGGUGUUUGAAAAUGCCAAAUUCCAAUGUGGUAUCCCCAAGAAUGCCAACACGCUGCUAAUCGUGAACGGAAUGGAUGCCAAGAUCAGCGACUGGCCUUGGCAUGCUGCUCUACGGCAACACACGGCCAGCGGCCAACCGGAGUACGUCUGCGGUGGGACGCUGAUCAGUGAGCGAUUCGUAGUAACUGCAGCCCAUUGCGUGACGGAUGCAGACAAUCCAAAUAAAAAAUUGAAACUGUCGGUUCAGCUGGGUGUGAACGCUGCUGGAUCUCCUGAAGGGAAGAUCUUCAACGUGCUAAAGGUUAGUCGACAUUCUGGAUUUUCGUUGAAUGAUUUGAAGGACGAUAUUGCGCUGUUGGAACUGGAAAAUCCGGUUCCAUUCAGUGAAUCGAUUUUACCGGCUUGUGUCAGCAGAAAGACCGAUUUGGAACCGGGUAAAAUUGGCGCUGUUGUUGGAUGGGGAAUCACCGAGAAUGAUAUUCGGUCGACCACGCUGAAGCUGGCAAAGCUGCCGGUUAUUGAGGAACGUGAGUGUAAGCAAAAAGAACCGGAAUUGUACGGCCGAGUGUUGACCAGCAAGGUGUUCUGUGCUGGUUAUACGAAUGGAACUUCAGCUUGCAAUGGAGAUAGUGGUGGUGGAAUCGUCUUUGAACGAGGUGACGCUUGGUACCUGGGAGGUAUUGUGUCCUUCACGAAAGCUAGGGAUGGUGAUGACCGUUGCCUUUCUACAACCUACACCGUGUUCACCAAGUUGCUGCCGUAUUUGGAUUGGAUCGAAAAAGUCACCAACACCGAUUUCAGCAACGAGUAUGGAAUUGAAAAAAUCGUACCUUGCUCGGUGCCUGGUCAAUCAAACGGAAACUGCGUCCCGGUUCAACAGUGUAGGAACAUUUUCGACGACCUGAGAUCUCCCGUCUUGACUAAGGAUACGGCCAACGCCCUUCGUCAGAAGGUUUGUGAGCUUCGUGGAAUUCGCCGCAGUGUCUGCUGCGAUCCGAAUCAUGUGGAACGAAUUCCCAUCCACCGGAAUGCAAUUCUCCUACCUCUAGAAUGUGGAGUUGCCAAGCGGAGUCAACCGACGAAGACAGCUUCCCGUGCCGGUGUAUUCGAGUUCCCCUGGAUGGCACUGGUUCGAUCCAGCAAGGCCACUCCGAACAAGGAUCCUUACUGCACAGGGUCGUUGAUCAACAACCGCUACGUGCUAACUUCAGCUUCAUGUCUGAGGGCAAAGGAACAUAAAGAUUUAGAUUACGUUCGACUGGGAGAGCGUACGUUGAACGAACCUCGAGAUUGCGACACGUUCAGUGAUCCAAGAACUCGCAACACCGUUGAAGAAUGCUCAACCGGUCCGGUUGAUAUCAAGGCACUGCUUCCGUUCACCAUUCAUCCCCAGGCUAACAAACCCUUCCGGGCGAACGAUUUUGGCCUGGUGCGGUUGGUCGACAAGGUUCAAUUCACUGACAACAUUCAACCGGUCUGUCUUCCGGUCCGAAACGAUCUGCGCAACAACCUUCCGCAUGAGUUUAUCCUAUCAAUGUACGAGAUCACUUUCCAGAACAAUCGCUACUCUCAGGAGGUGUACAAAACUCGAUCCGAGUUCACCGAAGUGGAGGAAUGCGAAGAGCGUUUCGAAGACUACGGCUACACUCCGUGGAUAACGGAUAAGAUGUUCUGCGCCCUGGCCCAGGGACCCAACUACAUCUGCACGCCACAUCUGGGAGCGCCGCUGGUGUCUAUGGUUCCCCAGGGUGGCGUUGAGAGGGCAGUUCUGUACGGACAUUCGAUGCAAGGGCCCUCCAAUUGUACGAUCGCCCAAACCAUUUCGAAGACCUACAUCCGGGUGCCAUUGUAUGUGGACUGGAUUCUGGAGAACAUCAGUCCAUGAUGGAGUAUUUAGCCAAUCGAAUCUAGGUUUAAGGGGGUAUUCCCAAUCUUUUGCCUUUUUUCGGCCUGUUUUUCAAUUAAUUUUUUUUCAAGGAAAAUGAAUAGUAAUGCGCCUAACUCU